AUGGGUCGGCUUUUCUUGGAAGCGGAAACUAGCAAGGAUGCAGACCAACGUUGGAUCGGGCCAAGGAAGCUACAUAUGUACACCACUGCUUGGCCCUUUGUCGAGAUCGAACUGGCUCCUGGUGCAUUCCUUGGGCCAAGAGCACCCGAACUGUUCCGGCUAUUGCUCUACUAG